GCUUUGUGUAAGUCCGCUGAAGGCCUGUUGAAGUGGGGAGAAUGCUGCAAUACACUUGAGAAUGGAAUGUUUACUGCAGUGUGUUAGUGCACAUUCAGACUGAAUCAGGAGACUAGGAUUUGGGUCACUUGGAUAUUAUAAAGCACCCUCAUGUGCUGAUUGGGCAAUAGCACCCACAGGGCUUGUUACCAGAAUCUCAAUGGCUUUCUUGAGUAGGCGACUGGGCUUGCUGUUAACCCAAGUAAACAGAGCAGUCGAGCAGCGGCACUUCAGCAUCACUGGAGCAUGCAGUGCGAUACAGAAACUGACCCGCGUGCGAGUGGUGGACAACAGUGCCUUGGGGAACACGCCAUACCAUCGGCCGCCCAAAUGCAUCCAUGUGUAUAACAAGACUGGAGUUGGUAAAGUGGGGGAUAAAAUUCUCCUGGCUAUCAAAGGAGAAAAGAAAAAGGCUUUAAUUGUAGGUCACAGGAUGCCUGGCCCUUGCAUGACACCUAGAUUUGAUUCUAACAAUGUGGUGCUCAUCGAAGACAAUGGAAACCCAACGGGGACUAGAAUAAAAACCCCAAUACCCUUGAUCCUGCGGAAGCGCGAAGGAGAGUUCUCUAAAGUGUUGGCCAUUGCCCAGCACUUAGUGUGAAGACUAUGAAAGGUCUCAGGCUGUCCUGCUGCGUGAUCUUUGAAAGAGUAAGUGUUCCAUGUGGUUCAGCUUAACCUAGAAGAGGAUCCAAGGAGAACUGAGGUUCAUUGGGAGGCUUGUCUUCUACUCAUGAAUUAAGAUCUAUGGCCGAAUAAAAGAUUUUGAAGACA